GGCAAGCCUCUCCUCCUACAAAUGUUUCAGGAUGUCAAGUUGGUAAGUCUGUUAAGGACCGAUGUGAUCAGUUAUGUAUCUGUUCCUCAUCGCGUACCUUGGUCAACUGUACCCGAAUACGUAAGGAGUUCACCUCAAUGACGGCAGCUGAGCGCAUACGAUAUGUGCGUACUGUUAAAAUUGUGUCAACAGAUCCAAGUUUUCAAAGUCGAUACAAUAACCUGAUCACUCUUCAUAGAGAAAUAUUCAUUGGUUUCCGCAUUCACCGAGAAGAACAUUUUCUUACUUGGCAUCGUUGGUAUAUUCUGCAGUAUGAAAACCUCCUUAGACAAGUUGAUUGUAAUGUUACAGUUCCGUACUGGGAUUGGACAGUCGUCUCAGGAUCACCUUGGGGAACUACUGAGAGGGAUGUUUGGUAUUCAGGAAAUAGUGGCCUAGGAGGAAAUGGCGUAAAUCCUACGUACUGUGUCAAAGAUGGGCCAUUCAGAGAUGGAAUUUGGAGGCUUCCACCAUCUAAUUUUUUGGAUUCUCGAUGUUUAAAACGAAAUUUUACUGGCAACCCACCUGAUGUCGUUGCUUUGUCCAUUUUGCUAAACACGCCUGCGUCACUGUUUCAAGAGUUUGAACUUUCGCUACGCUCAACGUUCCACGACACAGUUCAUUGCUUGAUCAAUGGAACCAUGUGUAGCUUUGAUUCAUCUGGCGCACCAGAGUUCUUCUUCCAUCAUGCAAUGGUUGAUAAGAUCUGGACCGACUGGCAAAAGAAAAGCAACGCCCACAAAGAAGCUUAUUUCAAACAAUUAAAUCUGAGAUUGCCUUCCGCCAAUGGGCUACGCUCAGUCCAUUUGAUUGACAACCAAGCAUUACCAGGUGGUGUUCGGGUCUUGUAUGCUGAAAUAAACAAUCCUCUGAUGGAAAGGACAAUCAAAGGAUUAAGAAGUGCAAGUCCAGAAAUUUUGGGCAAAAUCCCUCGUCGGCGUUUCAGUGGAAUUAGUGAUCGGGCUAUUAAACUAUUCCGUUUGAGCAAAAAAGAAGCUGCAGAAGCGAAAAGGCUUGAGGAGAAAUAUCAAGUGGAUAACGAACACCUCAAACCCAUCGGGAGAGAAGAACCAGUUAUAGAAGAGAAGCUUGGAUUUGAUUAUCACAUCGUGUGUAAUAAAGAUAACUAUUGCAAUGGAAAGCCAAAUGGCAACUAUCCAAGCCCCAAAACCUGCCAAGGCUACAUCGCCUGCUCUAAUUUCUUUACCUACCAUAUGCCGUGCCCCGCCGAUCUGUAUUGGAAUGAUGAAGAGAAGAGAUGUGAUUGGUCUCAACAUGCGAAUCCCGGCUGUCAUGGGAUGACAAAAAGUGUAGCAUUCACACCACCAAGAAAUUUCUGUACAGGGAAAGUGGACGGUGACUAUCCGAAUCCUAACGACUGCUAUGGGUUUAUAACUUGUUCAAAUGGUUCGAAGUAUGAAAAGUACUGUCCUGCCCUACUGAUGUGGAACGACGUUAAAAAACAGUGUGAUUGGCCAAGUAAGGCGUCUCCUCCUUGUCAAGUCUAGGAAGCUUCUGGGGAUGUUGGACUUUAUCCAAGGCGGUUAUCUCUUAUACUCUGUUUGUGCACGAGAUAAUAUGUUUCAUGUAAAGAACUUUAAGAUUAUGAUAAUAAUGAAAAAUGAUAAGAAAUAUAAAACAGUUUUCCUGUUUUAUGCUUGGGUCAAAACAAUCGUAUUGCUGACAGAACACGGGAGAAAAGCAUCCACGACGCGAAGCGGACUGGAUUCCCAUUUCUCAAGUGCUCUCUCAGCAUUUCAAGUGUUUUGAUCCAAGUAUUAAACACGAAAAAAUUCUCUUUGAAAUUUCUUUUAUAAAAUAACAAGCGGAAAAAUUAAGGAAAUGAAAGUUUAGUUUCAAAUCUGGAUCGGCGCAAGGUAAAGAAUUACGUGAGCAUAUUUUGAUAAUCUCACCAUACAAUUUUUUUUGAUAGAGAGCGUUUUAUACCUAAAGCAUCUUUGAAAUAAGUAAAUAAAAUAAGAAUAAAUGCAAUUAUAAAAACUA